UCGCCCGUGCGGUCAUAGUGCGCUCGCUGUACUUUCCUGUUUCGGCGGCAAGGCGUGCGAGUGAACUGCAGUAGCAUUUGCUAUUCGAAUUAAUACAAUUUUUGCCUUCUAAAAUACUGUUUAAGCAGUCCAGAGAUGAGUUUACCAUUGAAUCCCAAGCCCUUUCUAAACGGUCUUACGGGUAAGCCCGUGAUGGUGAAGCUGAAGUGGGGUAUGGAGUACAAAGGGUACCUCGUAUCAGUGGAUGGAUAUAUGAACAUGCAGCUCGCCAACACAGAAGAGUAUGUGGAUGGAGCAUUAGCAGGUCACCUUGGUGAGGUGCUCAUCAGAUGUAAUAAUGUUUUGUAUAUAAGAGGAGUAGAAGAAGAAGAAGAAGAUGGAGAGAUGAGAGAAUGAAGAGUCGAUUGAUUUCUUUAUCUACACGGGAUUGGAAGCUGUAUUGCUCAGUUUGCAUUUUGUCUCAAUUUUAUGUGAGAAUGUUUCUUUUUCUUUGUUAAAUUGUUAGUUUUGUUAUUUUUUACACUGUAAAAGUUAUUGGCAGCACAAUGACUAAUAAAUUGUGCAGUUUGUA